GUCUGCGUUAUUUCGAUGCAUUAACCAUGAUGAAACCAGUACAUUUUAUCCUGUUGGCGUCAUUAUUUUGUCCGCUAGUUACGGGAACUAAAACCGAUGAACAUCAUCAACCAUUAUCAUCACAAACACAACAGAAUGAUAAUCAAAAACUUCGAGCACAAAGUAGAAAUUCAGAUUAUGGAAAAAAAUCCAAUGAUAUGAAAGCGGUAGCAGAUAUGCAUUCGGUUUAUCAACAACAUCUGGUUGGACCAAAUGUAGCGUCAGCUAUUGCACCACAUGAAUCGAAUAAAAAUGAAAAAAAAGAUCUUUGGUCACGUUUCGGUGGUAAAGAAGCAUCGAAUUCAGCUACAAGUGAAAGCAGUAAUGGUAAAAAAGGAAAAUUACAAACAGUUGGAUCGGUUAUUGGUGAUAUAAUCGGUGUAUUAGUAUCGGAAAUUGCAAGAUUUUUCGGUUCCAUUGUCAGUGAUGUUGCACGUGAAGUAACGGCACAUGGUUUUGUUUCAUUAUUUAAACAGAUUGCUGAUAUUACCGGGAUUUCUCGAAAUGGACAUCAAGAUCAUGGAACAGCAAUGGGCUCAACAUUAUCGUGAAACAGGAAAAAAAAUCUUAAA